AUGUGGUACAUCUCUGAUUUAUCUGUUCUUUCUCAAUUUAAGAAGUCUGCACUUCCUCCCAUUUGGAAUGCAUUUUUUACGAUAAUGUUCAAAUGCUUUUCUGAGAGAUCAACUGGAUCUGACAAUGCAAGUCGAUUAUUUCAUACUUUGUUAUAUGGACUCUAUACUGGAGAAAAUAUUGAUUUUGGAACUAUCUUAUGGGAUCAAUUUGUUCAAAGUCCUGCUUCAAAAACAAAGGACAUUGAAAUUUCCCGUGCUCGUUUUUGGUCAAUUAUGGUGCGAAAUGCUAUGCUCCAUUAUCAUAUUCCAGAGAUCAGAGAUGUUGUUAUUGCUGAUAUUCCCAAGAUGAAAACCUCAAUGUUUGUCACUUUUGAACCAAAGAAUUUCUUGAUUGUGGGUUUAAUUUCUCAAUCCAUGUUAUCUAUGGUUCCUGCUGGUAAUCCUGUCAUUAUUGAAUAUUUGAAGACUGCAGUUCCUACUGGAGAUAUUGGAUCUGAUUCCAUUCAUGAAGAAGAAAUUCCAAAGAAAAAAGUUCUAUGA